CUUUGCUCACUUAAUUUAGAAAUAUCAAUUUCAUUUUUGGGCCAUUUUUUCUCCCUCUAUUUUGCUACUUCUUCUUCUACUACUUCUCUUCUUUAAUCUAUUGGGUUAAGAAUGUCUCGUUCUAUCUAUCAAAGCAAUGGUAAGCCAUUGUCUCAGCAGGCAAUCUAUCAACAAAAAUUAAAACAAGGUAUCUUCAAUUCUCCGGGAGCUCCCUCGGUAGGGGUUAAUUCUCUGGCUUCGGAUACUGCAGCUUUAUUGGCAGCUUCUGCUGACUUGAAUGUUAAACCUUCUUAUGAACGAACCGUGGCUCCAGAGGCUCAUGUUGCUGCUUUGGCAGCUAAAAAGGAUACAAUCAGCUCUUGGUCGAGAGAAAACCAUGAUCCUUGGGCAACUUCUGCUGCUUCUUCAGUUAAACCAGCUGGCUCGUUAACUUCUGAAUCUUCUUAUAUUGCGGAUUCUUCUUCGGUUAAGCAUGGGGUUCCGGCCUAUAGUAAUGAUGCUGUUUUCAAAAUGGCCAGUGCUAAUUCUACUUCCACGAUGACUUCAAGAACUACUCCAGAAAAAUUGGCCUCAAAACACGGUUUAGUUAGUAAAAAUAAAAAGAAUAACUCUUUUGAUAUCAAUAAAAUCAAUCAGCUCGCUAAUAAGAACUCUGCCAAAUCAAUUCAUUCUAGGUUUAACCCUGAUUUAGACUAUCGUCAUGGUAUUAAACAUCAACAAAUUCAUCCAACUGAAUAUUUAGAUGUAAGUGAAGAAAAAUUAGCUGCUGAAUCGGCUGCUGCUUCUUUGAAACAUGGUGGAGGUUAUACUAAUCUGGUCUCCUCUCAACCAAGACUGAAAACUUUCACCGCUGCUCAAGUUGUCGAUGCUACUUUAUUGGCUGCUGCUAGUGCAAAAGCAAAUGAUCGUUUAAAAUCAAUCAAUUCAACUACUCCUGCUGAUUUUAAAAAUCAAGCUCAUCAAUAUGCAAAAGCUUUAACCAUUGCUCAAAAAAACUCUGAAGAACGUAUUAAAAAUCAAAACGCUGGUAUGAUAAAUUUAGGUGGUGGAUUAUCGAUGCCUCAAAGUAAAUUGGAUGAAUUAGCUACUUUAAUUGUUGGUCCUGUUCUUUCGGAUAUCGAUAAUAAGGCUAAAUUACAAAGAGAAACCGAUUUAAUCACUAAAGCUAAACACGAAGAAUUAACUAAACAACAUCAAAAGGCAAAAGAAGAAGAAAUUGCUGCUAAAAAUAAAGAAAAAGCUGAUAUUGCUCAAGCUAAACGAGAAAGAAUUGAUGCAAAUGAAGUUAAAAAGAAGGAAGAAGAUGGGAAAUAUGUUGAAUAUCAAACCACCCGUAAUACAGAAGUUGAAAAUAAACAACAAGAAUUACAAAGUCAAAAUUUGAUGAGCUGCCUAAAAAACAACCUGCACCAACUAAAACCAAUACUGGUGGAGUAACCAGUGAAAAUGAAAGUAAAGAUCGUUCAAACCUGGAAGUAAGCAAUGGAGAAUUCGAUGAUGAAAUCUCAAUUGAUGAAGAUAAAAACAAAGGUGGAGUUUUCAAAGAAGAAAUUUAAUUAAUCCUGUUUUCUACUUUUUCAUUUUCCUGUAUUAUUCAUUUAUUUUCAAUUCAUAUCUGUUCUUUUCCACCUUUUCUUUUUUUUUUUUGACUGUGUUUUUCUCCCUACGACUUUAUAUCGAUGUUUAAUCAGACCUAUUAA